AUGGUCAAGCAGUCAAUUCAGAUCUUUGCUCGAGUUAAACCGACAUCGGAAAGCACAUCGGUGUAUGCUGUGGAAGAUAAAGAGCAGGGUUGUAACCACUUGGAGUUUGUGGUUCCCAAGGACUUAGCGCAUGGCUUCAUUAACAAUAAAAGGGAACGGUACAAAUUCAGGUUCCAGAAGGUCUUUGACCAGGAGGCCAAACAGGAGGAGAUAUUUGAGGCUAUUGCCAAGCCUGUAGCUGACAAUGUGUUGGCAGGUUAUAAUGGCACUAUCUUUGCUUACGGGCAGACGGGAAGCGGAAAGACAUUCACAAUUACAGGAGGACCUGAACGCUACAGCGAUCGGGGCAUCAUUCCGCGCACUCUCUCCUACCUCUUCCAGUGCUUCAAGCAGGAUAACAGCAUGGUGUAUACAAUGCACAUAUCUUACCUGGAAAUCUACAAUGAAAUGGGAUAUGAUCUAUUGGAUCCCCGGCAUAUGGCAUCCAGAUUGGAGGAUUUACCGAGGGUUUUGAUCAUGGAAGACACUGACCAGCACAUUCACCUUAAGAAUCUAUCAUUAGAACCAUCAGCCAAUGAGGAGCAGGCUCUUGAUUUGCUUUUCCAGGGAGACACCAAUCGUGUGACUGCUGAGACCCCAAUGAAUCAGGCAUCCACUCGUUCUCACUGCAUCUUUACCAUUCACCUGUGUGCAAAGGAGCCGGGCUCCGCCACCGUUCGCCGCUCCAAGCUACACCUGGUAGACUUGGCCGGCUCAGAGAGAGUAAGCAAGACAGGUGUGGAUGGCCACAUCCUUACUGAGGUCAAAUACAUCAACCGGUCCCUGCACUAUCUGGAACAGGUCAUCAUCUCUCUGUCUGAGAAGAAUCGGUCGCAUAUCCCGUACCGUAACUCCAUGUUGACUUCUGUCCUAAGAGACAGCCUGGGGGGCAACUGCAUGACGACUAUGAUUGCCCUGGUGUCAGUGGACAAAAGGAACAUUGAUGAGUCCAUCUCCACAUGUCGAUUUGCUCAGAGAGUGGCCUUAAUUAAGAAUGAGGCUGUACUCAAUGAGGAGCUAGAUCCCACCCUGUUAAUCAACAAUUUGAGGAAGGAGGUGCAGUGUUUGAAGAUGCAGUUGGGCAUGGUGACUGGACAACAGAUCACCGAUCAACUGAGUCAACAGGACAUGCAGAGGCUGGAGGAGCAGGUCAAGAUCUUUCUGGAGAACCCUGACUCUGAGGAGAUUUUCGACGUUGGCAUGGACAUGAGAAAAAUACAUUACUGCUUCUCUUUGUUAAAGGCAAAGGUGUUGGAGAUGUCCUCCAUGCAAGUUAAGGUUGAUACUGGCAAGCUUCAUUCAAGUGUAGGUGGACCGGAUGAACACGAAAGCCGAAAUACAGCAGAGCUGGAGAAACUGAGGGGCUUGUUGUCCCAGCGUGACGAUGAAAUCAGUGUACUAGUUGACUUGCUGAAGAAGGAGAAGAGAAAGACACAGCAAGUCGCUGCUCAACUGACAAGUUUCUUAAAUGCAAAUGCAGCAUCUCAGCUUUCAAAACAGUCCUCUGCUCUCACUCAGUCUGAGGAGAAUGUAGACAGUGAAGUCACCAAGGAGAGAACACAAGAGCAAUGGUCAAUGUACAGCAGAAGUGGUCCAGAGCUGUCCAUAGGGCAACAGGAAGCAUUUGAGAUCUUCCAGAAAGAUCACGAGAGUCGCUUGAUCAUUGAGGACAACAAGGCAAUACUGAAACAGAGAUUUGGCGAAGCCAAGGCAUUGGGAGAGCAGGUGAACCAGGCAAGGAGCAAAAUCAAUGAACUAAAGAAACAGCUCGAGAUGCGCAGGAUGCAGAUUGCAGCACAAGGUAUGAUGAGGGAUGAGGUGAACUCUGAAGAACUGGACCCUGUGGAGGAAAGUCUCCGCAGUCAGAUUCAGGAGGAAAAGAAAAAUUACAUAGCUACCUUUGAACGUCUUAAAGGGAUGAAGACUGAGAUUGAACAUAUACAGCUACUUCUGAAGAGGUCAAAGAUCAAAUUACAGAAGGACUUUGAGGACUGGUGGACCAAGAGGGUAACAAGUCUACAGGUGACAUCUUUGUCAAUUUUAUUAAAUAUUGAACCCCCUGUGAAAGGAGACCAGGGUCAGUCCAUACACCUAAGGCCUCUGACCCCCUCAGGCCCUCCCUACUCCUCUAUCCCUCUGACUGGAGACCCAGAAACAGACGCAAACAUACUCGCCUUCAUACAAGCCAGACAGAACCUGCUCAAUAGAACAGGUAUGACACGCUUGAAAUGA